UUAAGCUCCAAAAAGUUACACGUCUAAAACCCCCAGGUCUGGAACAGCAUAUAAGCCCUUUUGGGAUGGCAAGUGGUUCCUUGUAAAUUAUUUGGAAAAAGAAAGCGAUGGAGGAGCAUCUUUUAGCGUUAGUUCACUCUACGGUCUUCAAAGAGUCUGAAUCCCUGGAAGGCAGAUGCACUAAAAUUCAGGGUUAUGAUUUUAAUCAAGGCGUUAAUUACUCCCUGCUUCUCAAAUCUAUGCUCUCCACUGGUUUUCAAGCUUCUAAUCUCGGUGACGCCAUUGAAGUUGUUAAUCAAAUGCUAGACUGGCGGCUUUCUGAUGAGGCUAUAUCCGAAGAUUGUGACGAGGAGGAAAAGGACCCGGCUUAUAGAGCCUCCCUUGGAUGCAAAGUGUUUCUGGGUUUUACUUCCAAUCUUAUUUCUUCUGGUGUCAGAGAUACGGUUCGCUAUCUUGUUCAGCAUCGUAUGGUACAUGUAGUGGUCACAACUGCGGGAGGAAUCGAAGAAGAUCUCAUAAAAUGCCUUGCACCCACUUAUAAAGGUGAUUUUUCUCUACCUGGAGCUCUGUUGAGGUCAAAAGGAUUGAAUCGCAUUGGUAAUCUGUUGGUUCCAAAUGAGAACUAUUGCAAAUUUGAGGAUUGGAUCAUUCCAAUCUUUGAUCAAAUGUUGAAAGAGCAAAUUGAAGAGAAAAGAUCCUGGACACCAUCUAAGGUCAUUGCUCGGCUGGGGAAAGAGAUUAAUGAUGAGAAUUCGUACCUUUACUGGGCAUACAAGAACAACAUUCCAGUCUUCUGUCCAGGUUUAACUGAUGGCUCACUGGGGGAUAUGUUGUACUUCCAUUCGUUCCAAAGUCCGGGCUUGAUUAUUGAUGUUGUGCAAGAUAUAAGGGCCAUGAACGGUGAAGCUGUCCAUGCAAGUCCUAGGAAAACAGGGAUGAUAAUUUUAGGAGGUGGGCUACCUAAGCAUCAUAUUUGCAAUGCCAAUAUGAUGCGAAAUGGUGCAGAUUAUGCUGUCUUCAUCAAUACAGCCCAAGAGUUUGAUGGUAGUGAUUCUGGAGCUUGUCCUGAUGAGGCUGUGUCAUGGGGGAAAAUUCGGGGCUCCGCUAAGACAGUGAAGGUGCAUUGUGAUGCAACUAUUGCUUUUCCUUUACUGGUUGCUGAAACGUUUGCCUCAAGGACAAUGAAGGGUGGUGAGAGUGAGCGAUAAUUUGAAGUUUUGACUGAUACUACUAAUCCUCAUGAAGCUAUUAUUUGGCAAAUUGCUUAAGUUCCAUAAUAAAGUUUGUAAGGGGCUAAAUAUAUGGAUUUGAUGGGAUGUGCUUCAGCUGUAGAGAAGUUGUCUCUCUUGUAAAAGGAAAAUUGAUAUUCUUGCAUUGCAUACCACUAAUUGAAUUGCCUUACAGAUGUUGUAACUUAUGAAAACUCUUAGCUUCUUAUGAAUGACGGUAAGCAUUUUCUUUUCAACAA